AUGGCGGACUUCGGCGGAUCGCAUAACCCGGCUGACCUGUCGUCUCUUCCGCAAGAACUUUUGAGAUUGAUUUUGUCGCAUUCUUCCGACAUUCACAGCCUUUUACACGCUGUUGCGUCUUGUCGCGCAUUUUAUGGCGCAUUUCACUCGUUUUCAAGUCCCUUGAUCGACUCCGUCUUGCACCGAGAGCUGGAUUGUUCAUUACUCCCCGAGGUCAUUCGAGCUAUCCAAGCGAGUCGACUGCGCAACUCAAGCCUUUCGAAGCAGGAGCUAUCAGAAGCUAGGAAGCACCUUCUUCAGCGUGAGCCAGAGGGAUCCCUGGAUUGGACAGUCUCCGAAGGAAUUGCCGCCAUACAACUACGCAACAAUGUCGCAGACCUUUCGCUUGCGAUUUGUAGGGAAUACUUGAAUAAUCUCGAGUCUCACAUUGGCAAUGGACACGAAUGGCCACCUUCUGACGACGAGUUACGUCGUAUCCAACAGGCUCUGUUUCGAUUCGAGACUUACUGCAACACCUUUCCACCUCUAGGUGAACACCUUUGGCCAAAUGAUGACGUUCGAGAAGAAUGGACCACCUUUUUCGACAUCUACCAGCCCUGGGAAAUUGAGCAACUCGGAAGUGUCCAUGAGGCGCUCUUCCGCCUCCUUGCACCUCUCUUUAAUGAUUGUGCCAUGCACGAUAUAUCCUGGGCCUGGGAUGAAGUGAGGUACGCACGCGAUUAUGAUGAUGGCCACGUGGAGUGGCUAUUGUCUGGCGGCUUAAGAUACGUCAACAAAAUCCUGAAUACCGCAAAUUUUCACGAUCGCUGGGUACUCAUGGGCGGCCGUGAGGCUAUACAUCAUGAAUGCAACUGGCUGUACGAGACUUUCCAGACGUACAAGAACCUAUUUUUGUUAAGACAAAAAGGUCAGGAAUCCGGCAUAGGGCGGGUCACCAAACCAGGCGAUGUGAAGGAAGAUGACACCCUUUCUACCGUCGAGAGGCUUUGGGAGUGGUCCCAUGUGAAACACUACGAAGGCUGGGGCGAGCAGAGCUUUAGGUGCAAUAUGGCGAUGGAGGACCUUUUCAGAUCACUGAGGUCGUGUGGAUAUGUGUUCUGGGACGAAGGCAGAUUGACACGUAUUGGAUGGUUCGACCAAAGUGUACAUGAUCUCGACCUUGACAUUGGGGAUGAAAUCUACAAAAACGCCCCUUCACUUCGAUCAGAAGAACGUUCUUGGAUAAUUCGAUCUGGUCUUUAUCAGGAAGGUAAACGUGGUUACUGGGACGGAAAUCCAGAGACGACAGCUAUCGACCCCUCACAAGAAUGGAGGCUAGCAGCUUACGACUAG